UUCCACCCUCCGCCUUUUCUCCUCACCGGGUCCUGGUCGCGAGCCGCAUGUAGGGGCGGAGCACGGAAUCCUUUCCUUCCAGCCAAUCGUCACCUAACUGGGUCUCUAUUGGCCGAGCCCCUAGUAGGCUGUAGCAAAUGGGAUGUGAAAGUCAGUAGCGGGAGUCACGUGCCACCGGUUAGACAACCAAUGAGGGUGUGAGGUCUGUGUUCGCAGGGGGAAGGCACGUGCCUCGCCGCACGUGUCUGGGAGGGGGAAGGGGCGGGACCCAGUGGGAGAGAGGCGGAGGUAGGUAGCCGAGAGCGACGGAGUUGGAGAAGCCGGAGGCAGCCUGGGCUGAGCAGACCCGACGCAGGUGAGGAGGCUUGUAGGACGGGGAAGCCAUCCGCGCGCGGGAAGAUCAGACCCUGAGGGAGUAGGUUUAGGGACCGAAAGCAGAAUUGGGCAUUGGGAGUGAUAGCAUCACGUGUCAGGCGCGAAUGUAGAGGGUCCUGGUGCAGGGCUCCGGAUUGGAAAGAUUGGAAAGAGGCGGGAGGUUCCUGUGGGGAGCAGGCCCUACAGGGUCACUAGGUGGCUUCGGUUACCGGAGAUUUACGGCUCGGCUCGUCGUAGCCCUUGCUGCGGGGUUAGGUUGGGAACAGACCUGGCGAACAAAUGUUCAGGGUGGGGAGAUGGAAGGUGUCGAGUCAGGUAAUUUACUCUGAACAGAGGGAGGUAAGAACAGAGUCUGCGUCAGACUAAGGGCUGCUCUGCGGAGCCCAUAGGGGCAGUCCAGGUACUUAAUUGAGGGGGGCAGGCGGAGGAGAUGACCUUGUCUGUCGGCUCUGAGACAGGUGAUACUGGGGAGGAGAGAAGAGAUAUUAUCAUCCCAUGCAGUACACCCCAGUCUCCCAGCCCAUUUCCUAAUUUUCAGAUUAUGGUGACAUGCUCCCUUGCUUUGCUCUUCAGUUGCAGGUCCCGAUCUUUGAGUACUCCGGGAGCUGCUCUCCAGCCCCUGCUUCUGAACCUAUGGAUUCUCCAUCUAGCGUUUCUUCCUGUUCUUCCUAUUCUCUCUCUUCCUCUUUUUCCACCUCCCCAGUGAACAGUGACUUUGGUCUCCCCUCCGAUAGUGAGGGGGAGGACAAAGGGGCCCAUGGCCCCAGGCCAGACACUGUUGGGCAGAGGGGAGGUUCUCGGCCACGGCCCGGUCCUAUCCGCUCCAGGCAACGGCCCAAGGUCUCCAGCAACCAACAUACAACAUCUUACUUGGAACAGCGGGGCUUGGCCUCUCCUAUGGCAGGAUCUGGGGUCAAAAGAUCAAGAGACGGUGAAUUACAGACCACUGUAAACAUCCAGGGUUGUAUCACAAAAGGAGACCUGCUUUUUGCUCAGAAGUGUAAAGAGCUCCAAGGUUUCAUCCGCCCUCUCACAGACCUACUGAAUGGGCUGAAGAUGGGUCGAUUUGAGAGAGGAUUGAGCAGUUUCCAGCAGAGCGUGGCAAUGGACAGGAUCCAGCGUAUUGUAGGUGUUUUGCAAAAGCCCCAGAUGGGGGAGCGUUACCUAGGAACCUUGCUACAGGUGGAAGGGAUGUUAAAGACUUGGUUUCCUCGUAUAGCUGCUCAGAAGUCAUCUUUGGGCAGUAGCAGGCACAAGCUGACCAAGCAUUUUCCAAGCCACCACAGCCAUCCAGCUGCUUCCUCUCCUGCACCUCCCACGGAAAAGAUGGACCAGACACAGCUAGGACAUCUAGUGUUGAAAUCGAAGCAGCCUUGGCACCUCACAGAAUGGCCAGCCAUGCACCUCACUUGGACCCACACCACUCCAAUUUGCAACCCACCCCUCAGUUCCCCAGGUACCAUUUCCCUGAGCCACGGUCCUUUAGGCACUGGAGCCAGCAUCGGUAUCAUCCUUUUUGUCCAGCACGGAGUACAGCCCUUCACCCACUCUGCCCCAACCACUUCAGUUCUACCUGCUACAGCAUCGCCUGUCAUCCCCAGUGCUCCUAAGAAACUCUCUGGAGAGGGACCUCCUUGCCACAGUUUGCCAGUAACUCUGCCAUCAGGCUGGAGCUGUACCCUGUCCCACCCUGGUCUACCCACCAUGGCCAGAGAGAUGACUGGGAGACAUCUAGAGCAGAUGAGAAGCCAUCCUUCAGUUGCCCCUGAUGUCCAUUCUCUCAACCCCUAACCCAGGACUCAAGACUGUGGUUUCUAAUUUGUGUAAAUAUGUGUCUCUCUCAUAUAUAUUUUUUACUUUUAACAUGUGCAUUUGUGUUGAGGGAAGAGCAAUCCUUUUUGAUUAAAGAAAUUUUAUA